UCAGAGGUUUUUUUUUGUGGACUAGCAUCAAGCCCUCCAUGGAAGUUCUUUGAGGGUAUCUUGGAUCCUCCAUCUGCUGAUUCUCAAAAGGAAAUAAUCGAGUGGCUCAAUCACAGCAUGGAGACUCAGAAUGUUGACAGACACAGGCUCAUCAGUCUCCUGCACUGCUUGCACGAGCUGCAUGACCGCAAGUCCCUGAGUGAUGCCACUCGGUCCAUGACUGAGAUAGACCUGUCACUCACAAGGCUGUCCCUGCCAGACUGCUCUGCCAUCUCCUGGAUCCUGCUGCAGCGAGAAGAACCUGUGGAGACACUCAACCUGUUCGGCUGUGGCAUCGGCACCGAGGAAAUGAAGAGGCUUCAGCCUGGACUGCACAGAUGUAAAGAGCUACUGUUGAGUCACAACGAGAUCGGAGACAGCGGCCUCCGACUUUUAGCGGACGGGAUGUUGGGAAGAGAAGGGAGUUUGGAGACGUUAGCUCUGUAUCAGUGUUCACUGACGGACAAGUCGGGUUCCUCUCUCAGUGUCAUCCUCAAGGCCAACACAGGAUUGAAGAUUCUCGAGCUGAGUGGCAACAAGAUCAGAGACAGCGGUCUCCGACUUUUGGCGGACGGGAUGUUGGGGAGAGAAGGGAGUUUGGAGACGUUAGAGUGAGUAGUGUCCUGAUGCACCCACACUUAUAUAUAAGUACACCUAAACAAAUAUAUACACACAUAUAGACACAAAACACAAAGAUACUCAGUACAGCAUAAUAAUGUUUUAUUUUAACGUCUAUUAUAACUUGCUGUUUUUAUGCACUCGUCAAUUAAGUUAUUAACCACACUUAUUAUAGCACUUUUAACCACUAUUAAAUAACAAUACAAUUACAAUUGUCACAUUACCUACUCUAACCAAUGAUAUUGUUUCAAAUUAUGUUAAUAUUAUGUUAAUACAAUAUUAUGUUAAGACAGGAGAUCAUCGAUUAUCUGGCAGCCGGUUUUUAAAAAAACACCAGAUAAUCACAUUAAAAAUGGAUUUUUGCAUAUUCUUGAAUAAGAUUAUAUUUUUAGGUGUUCUGUAUAUAUUUAGUGUCAUUAAAUAGUUUGCGAUGUAAAAAUCGCUUCAAUAAAUAUACAAAGACAAAAUGAAUAUCCUGCUGUAAAAAGUGACUAUUUACUGUACCGCACUCACCACUCCAAUAUCGAAGACUCUGCAUGGGGUGAUGUGCAUACUACACUCUUGUUAAACAACUUGUGUUUGACAACAACUUGUGUUUGACAAUAACUUUUGUUUGUCAAUCGUUGGACUGAUUCAGCCUUCAUACCGGUGCUCUGGUGAAUGCCGAAUUGCACUCAAUUUUCGCCAGAUCGCACUUUAUAUUUUCUGUUUCUAUGAUUGUAGUUGUUAGUCAUGAAACAUUUAUAUAUGUGCAUUAUUUUAAUUAUUUAAGUUGUUGUAUGUAGUGUUUAAUGUACGGUAUAUAUUAUUUGACACGGAAAUAAAGCAUAGCUACUUGUUUUGUCACGCACAUGGUGCCGAUCGCCGGACUGGUACAGCCUUUGGAGCGGUUUUACCGGUUUCACCGGAUGUUGGAAGCCAGAUCGGCAUGCUCUGGAUAUAAUCAAUGAUCAUCUGUAUUUAACGGCAUAGAUUACAAUUAAGAAUUUUAUAUAAUGAAUCGCUGCAAUCUUGACAUAAUUGC